CGAGAUUCGACACCCGCUGAAUGAUCAGGCCGCUGGUGAGCUGUUUGAGCACCUCGCCUCCCCCCGCUGCCCAUCCAUCUCUCCUUAGCAAACCUUAGCAAUUUCCAAGUUGUCGAGUCAUAUCCACUCCGAGGGCCGCCCAUUAUUAGCUGGCGACAUUCGCCGUUGCAGCCCUGCAGCCAUGAACAAGAACUGGAACGACCGGGCCGACAAGGACCUCUUCUUCACCAUCUUGUCAGUCAAGAACAUUGGCGUCAUCAGCGGCUCAGAAUGGACCACGAUAGGCAACCACAUGCGCUCUCUGGGCUACGGCUUCACCAAUGAAGGAUGCCGCCAACACUUCCAGGGCCUCCGUAGAGCCCAAAACAAGGCCGAAAACAACGUCGCCGGCGACAAUUCGAGGAAGAUCGAUCCCGCUGUGAACCCCAUCACUCGACGGCCUGGCCCUGGUAGAGGACGGCCCAGGAAACAGCCCGCUGCCGCGACCGCGCCCGGCUCAGCGCCCGUUUCUGGGACUCAGCCCGCCGAAGCUCAGUCUGUUGGAGCUCAGUCUGCCGGCGUUUCGCCUGCCGAUGUCACGUCUGGUACUUCCGGAGCUCCUUCACCCCUUGUGCCCGGGGUCGGGCAGACUGCCGGCGUGCCUCAUGGAGUAGCUAUCCAUCCUCAAUACCCAGGUGUGGGUCGGAUGCCCAGUGCUCCUACUGCACCCCUUUCUACAGUUCCGGGUAUACCGGGUACCCCUGGCAUGCCACUUGAACCCGCUCCGCAGGGACUUGCGGUCGCUCAAGGCCAGCCUCAACCACCACCGCCACAGGCCAGCCAAGCAAUUGCUCCCCAGGCACAAAUGGCCCAGGCACAUAUGACAAGCCCCGAGGAGCUCGCCGUUGAUCCGAACCUGGAAGAAGAGCCGGAGGAGGAGCACGCGGCAAAGCGCCAGAGGCUGGACGACAGUCAAGAGCCCACCCUCGAGGACGAGGCAGUGCUCAAUGUCCUUGCUGGCCACAACAACCCGACAACACCAGGCGAAUACACAUCUGAAUACACAUAUGGGGAUGCUUAGUUUUCGUUCCACUCUUCUUCAGCCCGGCAAUCUCUGGCCAGGUAAUUGAAAACGACAAGGCAUUUUCCUCGCCAGGAGGACCGGGAAUUGACGGGCGGCGUUCCUUGUCGUGCAGUCGAAUCUAGGUCCGGCGCAUCAUUUUCAGCCGAUGUACGAUGGUUCUUUCAUGGACAAGGUGUUCUUUAGGAGUCGUCUCGGAAUUUUGGCAGGUCUGUCUAUCCUCAGUCAGGUCAAUGUCGAUUCAUUGCCUAGAUGCCUGUUCGUUUAGCUGCACAAUUGCUGCCCUCGGUCGUUAUUGCCAUGUGCUCAACCAAUUGUGCUAUCUCCAUUCCUUUGGAGUGUGUCUACUGUUACUGCCGUCAAC